UCCUGUAUUUCAAUGAAUGAUAACUAGAAGUGAGCGCACAUUGAAUACAAAAACAUUUGAAUUCAACACAAGAUAUGAAUGUGUUUUUGGGAAAGACUUAAAUUCCUGUGUUGUCUACAAUCGUCACAUUCCUCAUAAUGUUUGCUAUAUUUUACGACUAAAAUCAUUUAAUAUCAUAUGAAUUAUGUAUUGCUUUGUCUAUCGUUUUAAACAUAUGCUCUUUUGCAAUACAUUUCAUUGCAAUUGUCAAUAUUAUAAACUCCGAAUCUGCGUUACAAAUAAUACAUAUAAUAAAUGUGGAAAAUAAAGUGUGAAUAAUGUGGACAACUCUGAUGUUACGGAAGCUAUUGAGUAAAAUAUUGUCAGUAUUAGCCUUGCAAUCAAUAUUGUUUGGUCCGCAUUCAUGUGCGCUCAGGUAUGGUUGUCCGGCGCGACCACUAAUCAAGCCCUGUGUGUGUCAGGAGAUCACCAAAGGGCUCGACGUUUCGUGUGAAGGCGCCCGUUUGGAGCAAUUAAGGGAAGCGCUCGAGAAUUUUGGUCAAACCGGACAAAUAGUUUGGUACUUAAAGAUGAGGAAAAACCAAAUGUUGACUUUCCCAUCAUUUUUAUUGGACGGACUCGAUAUCAGGCAUUUGGUGGCCCAUCACUGCAAUAUCACAUCCAUAGAUGACUCGGCUUUUAUAGGUCUCUCUGAUUUAUUGGAGUCAUUAGAUCUCUCACAAAAUGGAUUACAUGAGAUCCCCAGUAAAGGACUCGAACCACUUUUAUCAUUAAUUUCGCUAAAUUUAAAUUAUAAUUUAAUUGAAUCAAUAGAAGCCAAUGCUUUUAAAGGAUUAAUAUCUUUAUUAAGAUUAUCAAUAUAUGGUAAUAAAAUCAAAUCGAUUGAUGGAAUGGCUUUUAAUGGCAUCGGUGGUAAUUUGACCAGGAUCAAUUUAGGUGGAAACUUAUUGCCUGCCAUACCAUCAAAGCCAUUACAACAUUUAAAAUCAUUACAAAGAUUACAAAUACACGAGAAUAGGAUCAGUUCAGUAACGGUGGAUGAAUUAGGAAGCAUUGGAUUGGCUCAGAGUCUCGAUGUCUUAAAUUUAGCCAUCAAUUCAUUGGAUGAGUUAUCUGAAAAUGCAUUUUCUAAUUUUCAAGCUUUAAACUCAUUGGACUUAGAGGGCAAUCAUAUCUCAAAAAUACAUAUUAAUGCUUUUAAAGGCAUUGAAGAAUCAUUGGAAUGGCUUAAACUGGGAGAGAAUCGUUUGGAUGCCAUUCCCAGUGAAUCUCUUAGAAAUCUAACAAAACUUAGACAACUGGACCUCAGAGGCAAUAAUAUUAGUGUCAUUCAUAAUAAUGCACUCAAAGAAUUUGGAAAUAACCUUAAAUUUAUUUAUCUUCAGAAAAACAAUAUAGAAUUGAUAGAAUCUGAGGCAUUGGAUAAUUUGCAUUCAUUGGAGUGGUUUUACAUACAAUCAAACAAAUUGAAAACACUUUCUUAUCACACAUUUAAACCACUAUUCAAUUCACUAUCGGUUUUGGACGCACACGACAAUCCGUUUGUAUGCGACUGUCAAAUCACAUGGUUUAGAGAAUGGAUGAUCAAAGGCCGUGGAUCUGUUGUGGUGAGUCUUCCUAAAGAAACCAAAUGUCAAUCUCCGACAUCAUUAUAUAAGACGCCUAUAUCUGAGAUUCCGUAUGAAGUGCUUAGCUGUACGAACACCGGUUCCCUCUCAUGUUUGCCAUCUUUUCCAGCAAUGGUCUCUCUUUUCAUAUCACUAAUGAUUGUCAUAAUAGUAUAA